AUGGAGCGAGAUUACGAGAAGAAUAUGAGCAAGGUCGACUACCGGUCAGAAGGCUCGACCGAGUUACCAGAGUAUGGCGAAACGAUUGUCCACAGCCGGCCAUGGAGUGUUCGACUAGUCGACAGCUUCAAGCGAGAUCCUAACGCGCAUGCUACGCCAAAGGGAAUUGUCGGGGCAGACGGCCGUGUCUUUGACGUGGAGGACGAUUCCUCCGCAGUUGGAAACUCUUCACUUGAGCGUCGCCUGAAGGGCAGACAUCUUCAAAUGAUUGCUAUCGGAGGCUCUAUCGGGACCGGUUUGUUCGUCGGMUCUGGCAGUGCUCUUGCAAGUGGCGGUCCGGCGUCUCUUUUAAUUGCAUUUGGACUCAUUGGAAUCAUGUUGUACUGCACUGUUCACGCCCUCGGCGAGAUGGCAGUCCUGUAUCCGGUCGCAGGAUCCUUUUCGGCUUACUCGACUCGAUUUAUUGAUCCAGCAUGGGGCUUUGCCAUGGGUUGGAACUACUCUAUGCAAUGGCUGGUUGUUCUCCCUCUCGAAAUUGUCGCAGCUACCAUCACCAUCGAAUACUGGACCGACGGUGCCAUCAACAACAAUGCCUGGGUCGCCAUCUUCCUCUCCCUUAUCAUUGGGAUCAAUCUCUUUGGAGUGAAAGGAUAUGGCGAGGCCGAAUUUGUCUUCUCCAUCGUCAAAGUGGUCGCCAUAAUUGGAUACUGCAUUCUAGGUAUAAUCCUCAACAUUGGUGGAGGCCCAGAUGGAGAGUAUAUCGGUACUAGAUACUGGUCUGAACCGGGCGCCUUCAACCAUGGUUUCAAAGGCAUGUGCUCGGUGUUUGUCACUGCAGCCUUUGCUUUUGCUGGAACGGAACUGGUUGGUCUUGCUGCUGCCGAGACUGCCAAUCCGAGGAAAUCACUCCCGACUGCCGUGAAGCAGGUCUUUUGGCGCAUUACCCUCUUCUACAUCGUAUCCCUGACYAUCGUUGGCCUUCUGGUACCCUACGAUGAGCCAAGACUGUUGAACAAGACGUCGAGCGCAGAUAUCAAAGCUUCGCCAUUCGUCAUAUCGAUUGUGAAUGCUGGUAUCACCGGACUUCCAUCAGUCUUUAACGUGGUCAUUAUGAUUGCGGUCUUGUCCGUCGGUAACUCUGCUGUCUAUGGAAGUUCCCGAACCCUCGCCGCUCUGGCCGACCAGAACCAGGCUCCCAAGAUUCUGGGAUACAUCGAUCGCAAGGGCCGACCCAUCGUCGCUAUAGGUGUUGGCUCGGUGAUUGGUCUGCUCUCUUUCUUUGCUGGAUCCGACUUCAAAGACGAUGCCUUCAACUGGAUGCUGGCCUUAUCUGGUCUGUCAAGCAUCUUCACGUGGGGCAGCAUCUGUCUCGCUCACAUUCGUUUCCGGUCCGGCUGGAGGAAGCAAGGUCACUCUCUUGAUGAGCUUGCUUUCACCAGUCAGCCCGGUCUCGUUGGCUCCUACGUUGGAUUUGUCUUCAACGCCCUCGUUUUGAUUGCUCAAUUCUGGACUGGAGCGUGGCCUAUUGGAUAUGCUGAGAUGACUACCAAGGAGUUGGUUUCGUCUUGGUUCAUGGCCUAUCUUGCUGUGCCUGUUGUUCUCUUGUUCUACAUCCCGUACAAGAUCAUUUACAAGACUCCCUUUGUGCGGAGUCACAAUAUGGAUCUUCACACUGGGAUUAGGGAGCUGAACAUCGCAGAGCUCAUUGAGGAGGAGAGGGCCGAGCGGGCGAUGUGGCCAAAGUGGAAGAGGAUGUACAAGUUCUUUUGCUAG